AUGACGGGAUAUAAAACAGCUGCAUCGCUCUCUCAACAUUCACCACCAUUGGCUUUAUUCACAUCGACAUCAAUCAUCAUGAAGCUCUUGGCCCUCAUCUCGGCCUUCCUACUCACAACCACCACCCUCGCUCUCCCCAACAGCCGAGGAAAGCUCUCCAAAGGAACAUGGCAAACCCUCCCCUCAAUCAGUGACUUACCUCGCCAGGAACACGUCACCCUUGCCCUCUCCCCCUCCUCCCUCGCCAUCUUCGGUGGCAUUUUGCCAACCAACGACACCUCCUCCCCCCUCCCCUAUUCAACAACCAACAUCCUCCAAAUCUACUCCAUCCCCAACAAAACCUGGACCCUUGCCGCCCCUGCACCGCUAGCCCUCAACCACCCCAACGCCGCCGUCGUCGACGGCAAAAUCUACCUCCUGGGAGGCCUAACCGAAGUCGACAACUGGGCCUGGAGACCCUCCCCUUUGUCUUUCGUCUACGACCCCCAAACUAACCAAUGGGCUGACCUCCCCCCUCUCCCGGACAGUCAUACUCCCCGAGGAAGCGCGGCGAUGGGGGUGCACAACGGCGUUGUCUACCUCGCCGGCGGCCUCACCAUCCUCCCUCUUAUUCCAGAACUAGGACCGCAGCAAACGACGGAUGUGGUCUCUGCUUUUGACACCAAGACCAACACCUGGGUUACGCUUCCUCCUAAGGCGAGGAGACUGCCGGAGGGGAGGGAUCACGCUGGGGCGGCGGUGUAUAAGGACAAGUUUUAUGUUCUUGGGGGGAGGAGGGACGGGCAGGAUAAUGUUAAAGACACGGUCUAUGAAUUGGAUCUGAAGAGGUUGGGAAAGGGGUGGGUGGUGGAGAAGGGGCGGAUGCCUACUGCUAGGGGGGGAGUUGCUGCUGCGAGGGUGGGGGGGAGGGUUUUGUCUUGGGGGGGGAAAUAA